AUGCCUGGGAUUAAGCGACCAAUUGAGGACGACGUCGAUGCCGGCGACGACAAUGUACAUCCAAGCAGGAAGCGACGAUUGGAAGAUGGCGAGGAUCGACAGGAACUGGCCAAAAUCUUCAACGACCUGCGAGACGAAAUCAAAGAAACGCGAUUGGAAGCAACGAGGAAACUGCUAACGACGUUGUCCGUCAAUUCAGACGAUCAAGCUGGAAAGCUGGACUACUCAACCACGAGAUUGAUCAGAGGUGUCUGCAGUGGGGCGAAAGCAGCACGACCAGGUUUCUCGAUCGCAUUGAUCGAAGUGCUGCGCCUGGGAUUCGCUUCUGGUCAUCUCAAAUUGCUCAAUACAGUCGAGAAGAUCGUUGCCUUGACGAAUCUGGAGUCGAAAUUGAGUGGUGCCGAACAACGAGAUUAUCUGAUUGGACGGCGCUCUGCUUUCCAGGCCGUGCUGCAGAGUGGUGUGCUUGCUGGAAAGGUUUCGACAGAAAAUGUCAAGUACCUCUUUGAUGCCAUCUGCGACCUUGCGCUCGAGAAGGAAUGGUUGCGCAGCGAAUGCGGCGCAGUGCUGCACAUGUUCCUGGUCAGCCAGGAGGCGACUCAGCUCAGCAACGAUAGCAUCCGCACGUUGAUCGAUUCGUUGAAAGACAAGGACCUGCUGAGAACGCCUGAAGGUGUCGCCAUUUGGUUGACGGUGAAGAAGUCGUUUGCCGAAGUGAAGCUGCCCAAGGGUGUUUGGAACCACAACAAUCCCCUAUCGUCACAAGAACGGCCAACACUGAGCAAGAUCCUAUUGAAGGGUGCUGUAGACAGCGAAGUCGUCGAACAACCAUCUGCACCAAAUGGUGCUACCAAUGGUGCACCUAAGAAGGGCAAGAAGCAAGCCGGUGCGCGCCAGUCCGCUCCCAACUUCGCCUGGCAAGUCAUUCUUGGGUACAUGUACAAGGAGGGAAGCGCUCAGAAGUUCGGCACAUUCUGGGAGGACUGCGUUGGUAAAGCGAUGUUCUCGAAAACAGCCUCUGACGAGCGUAAAAACCUUGGGCUACAGAUUUUCAGGCAGGCGCUUGUGUCAGCUCCAGCUGAGUACUUGGGCUAUGCUAUUGACGCGCAUAUCGUGAAGUGUAUAGUGGAUCAGAGAGCCAACAAGAAUGCGUCGUUGGUCGAGGCGACUAAGGCACCUCUCAAUCAGAUCGCAACUCGAGGGAAACAGGAGCCUGCUGCGGCUGCAGCGAUGGCGUGCAAGCUGCUGGCACUGCUACCACCAAACAUAGAUAAGCUCGUACGCGCCACAAUCGAUGCGCUUCUAGCUGCAGCGGAUUCGGAUGGUCUUGCUGAAAUCGUUGCUACGACUGUCACGCUGAUUCGCACUCCUGGAGACGAUGACGAGGGGAAGCGCAGGUCACUUGCCGACGCGCUGGCAACUAUCGUCCGAUCGCAUAAGGCCGAGCCAUCAACACUGCUAUCUGGGGAUUCAGAAUCGCAUUCUCUCGCGGAGUGGCUCCAGGAACUGCUUCAUAGUCUCACUCACCUUGCCUACACCACGUCUGACGUAAAGUGUCAGCCGCCUCUAUCGCCAAAGAGCAGGACUCUUUUCCAAGAAAGGCUCACGUCUUGUCUGGGUCAUCUUGCGAGUCUACCGCUGCACCAAGCCGUCUUAGCGCCGACUCUCGUGCUCGAUACUCUCUACGAGUCUCGGAAAUCACUCAUCGAAGGUCUGGACGAUAAGACUGCAAAGAUAUGCAAGGAUGCGCGGAAGCACUUCAAGACCGCUGCGAAGCAAGCAUCGGCAGCACAAGGGUCAGAAGCCACCAUUCCACGAGCCUUCCAACUACUUUUCGCGCUAGGCAUGCUGCAGGUAUACAAACAGGAACUAGAAUCAGAGAGCAUUCUCGAGGAUAUUUUAUCAUGCUAUGCCAGCGGUACGGAUGCUGAUGAGACAUCGGCUACGAUGCUGACGGAGUUACUGCUGAGCUUCAUGUCGAAGAACAGCAAGCUCUAUACACGUAUGGCGGAGCAAGUGUUCGCAGCCUUCGCUCCGGAUGUCACCGCCGAGUCGCUACAGUCCAUGAUUGACAUCCUCUCCCAAAAAGAGUCGCUAGCUGGGCAGCAGGAGCUGUUCGCUGAUGGAGGAGAGGGCGGCGCGGAAGAGGGAGCAAGCGAUGACGAGGACAUGGUCGAUGUCGAAGAGGACUCUGACGUCGAGCUUGUGAACGGCGAGGUCGCAGGCGACAGCGAUGACGACUCAUCGAGUGGCGACGAAGCGUCGGACGAUGUCAACAACGACGAGGAAGCUGUCUUCGAUCGCAAGCUUGCCGAAGCACUCGGCACUACUGGCAUGGAAGACGACGAAGACGAAGACGGCUCAGACAUGGACGACGAUCAGAUGGAGGCCCUUGAUGGCCAUCUCAGCACCAUCUUCAAGGAGCGAAGCAAGGUCACCACCAAGAAGGACAAAAAAGACGCCAAGGAGAACCUUUUGCAGUUCAAGAACAAGGUGUUGGAUCUGUUGGCGAUAUACGUGAAGAGUCAGUACGAGAAUGUGUUAGCCCUGGACCUGAUUCAUCCUCUGGUGGCACUCACCCGCGAAAGCACAAAUCAGCAAACGCAACGAAAAGCAAUGGAUGUACUGGAGCAGUACUUCGACUCCUGCAAGAAAAACAAAACUACACCCCAGCUCAAUAGCUCGAAAGCUGGCUUCAAGCUCCUCUCCGCCAUCCACGACGAGAUGCGUCUCGGCGGCUCCAAGCUCCAUGCCUCAGCCUGCAGUCGAUCCAGCCAGUUCCUGGCGAAAGUCCUCGUACCAAUGAAGCCAGGCAACUGGAAGAAGAUCGCACACAUGUAUGUUGACUUGAUAGACGACUGGCGCGUGGAUGACAAGUCGAAGAUUCACCCGAGCAUCUUCAAUGAUUGGCACAGCUGGUGUAUGCAGAAAUAG